AUGAAAUUAGUAGUACCAGCUGGUACAGUUAAUUAUACCGCCGUCAGUUACACCGGACCCAAUAUAACUACUUUCAAUGCCAGUUACCAAACUGAAAAUGGAUAUGUGCAACUAAAUCUAACUAACAUUACCUAUGAAGAGAUUCCAGUUCCUACUGGCCUUUGGUUUUUUCCAGAUUAA